AUCGCUUAUCUCUAAAAUUAGCGGCUUCUUCAAGUUCUCUCAGUGGAGUCUGAGCAGCGAAUCACCCUUGAUCAGUGUAUCGUAGGUGGAUCCCGAUGUGCUGAUUCGCCAGAAUCCGGAAUGCAAGGAUUAUCUUUUGGAAGCCUAUCGUUACCAUUUGAGGAAGGAGCGCACUGAAGAAAGUGUGCGUUGCAGGCCACGUCAACCAAUCCCGUUAUCCAAGGUAACAGCUCUGCUGCUCUUAUCAUUUCGAUGCAAAACGCAGGUCCGGUCGGUGGACGUUUAUGAUAUACAUAUGGGUAAAUGGUUCGCUGGGCCUGCAAUGGAUAACAGACGUAGCACGUUGGGUGUUGCAGUGGUGGAUCAGCUGAUUGUUGCAGUGGGCGGUUUCGAUGGCGCAACAGGGCUAAGUUCCGCUGAAGCGUUCGAUGCUCGUCAAGGUACUUUUCAUCAUCUGAAGUAGAU